AUGUUGGAUAAGGGGGCCAAAUAUUUCCAGGGGAAGAAGGUGAAUGGAGAUUUUGAGAUCCGAGUGGAACAGGCUGAGUUCUCGGAGCUGAAUCUUGCUGCUUACGUUACUGGUGGCUGCAUGGUGGACAUGCAAGUGAUGAGGAAUGGCACCAAGGUAGUGAGAUCUUUCAAGCCCGACUUUGUUCUGAUUCGACAACACGCUUACAGCAUGGCCCUUGGAGAAGACUUCCGCAACCUCAUCAUUGGCUUUCAGUAUGGUGGAGUUCAUAGUGUCAACUCCCUAUACUCCAUUUACAACUUCUGCAGCAAGCCCUGGGUGUUUUCUCAGCUAAUUAAAAUCUUCAACUCGUUGGGUCCUGAGAAGUUCCCACUUGUGGACCAAACAUUCUUCCCAAGCCAUAAGCAGAUGCUCACAACCCCGAAUUUCCCUGUAGUGGUCAAGCUGGGACAUGCCCAUGCUGGAAUGGGGAAGGUAAAAGUUGAGAACCAGUAUGACUUCCAGGACAUGGCCAGUGUUGUAGCCAUGGCAAAAACCUACGCCACUACCGAGCCGUUCAUCGAUUCCAAGUACGACAUCCGUAUCCAGAAAAUUGGCAACAAUUACAAGGCUUACAUGAGAACAUCCAUCUCUGGAAACUGGAAGGCAAACACGGGGUCGGCCAUGCUGGAACAGAUCGCUAUGACAGAGAGGUAUAGACUCUGGGCGGAUGCCUGUGCAGAGAUGUUUGGAGGUCUUGAUAUUUGUGCUGUCAAAGCUGUCCACAGCAAGGAUGGGAAAGACUAUAUCAUUGAGGUGAUGGACAGCUCAAUGCCCCUUAUUGGGGAGCACGUGGAGGAGGACAGGCAGCUCAUAGCUGAUCUAGUUGUCUCCAAAAUGGCUCAGCUUCUUGUGACUGCAGGAUCUAUGCCCUCACCUCUAAGGCCUUGGCCUCAGCAAGUCCAGCCUCAGCCAAUGAAAUCACAGAUGCAGCCUCAGCCUGGACCCCAGCUUGGACAACUGUCCCAGCCACGACCACCUCCUCAAGGAGGUCCACGCCAGCCUCAGGGAUCUCCAUCUUCCCGGACAGGAGCACCUCCCCAACAACGGCUCUCUCCUCAGGGACAGCAGCCCCAAAGUCCCCAGUCCAGCUCACCUCAACAACAGAGGUCACCUGGAUCCCCACAGCAAUCACGAUCAGCCACUGGGACCUCCCCAGUUCAGGCCUCCAAGCCAGGCACCUUCCCUCCACAACAGCCUCGGCCCCCUGCGCAAGGACGGGCUCCUGGUCCACAAAGCCUGGGUGAAAUGUCCAAGCAGCAGGGCCCUCCACAUCCACAUCUAAACAAGUCCCAGUCCUUGACAAACACCUUCAGCAUAUCUGACUCAUCUCAGCGGGGGAAUGCCAGUGAAGAUGAGGCCAAAGCUGAAACCAUCCGCAACCUGAGGAAGUCAUUUGCUAGCCUGUUUUCUGAUUAAUAGCCUUGAAGUCAAACCAGUGAUUUUGUUAGCCCACGUUCUUCAUAUCAACCUGCCCGAUGUCAUCCAGGAAUUUACUCAGUGGUAAAUAAUGGUUCAUGCAGAAUCUGAACAGAACCCCGAAAGAGAUCUUAGCUUAUUCCCUGGGUAAAAAGGAAGUUAGAAAUCUGUACAUCUUUCCAUUUUAAUUGAAGGAUUGUUCCAACAUCGAUCAGAAAAGUGAUAACGUAAAAACACUGCACUUUC